AUGUGUACCGCUCCUGAACAAGCAUCAAAAGCGUCGGGUAACUGGUCUCAACUGUUACUUAAUAAAGUCGUUAUUGUUACUGGUGCCGGUGGUGGUAUCGGUUCAGCCAUUGCCGAGACUUGCGCAGCACAUGGUGCACGCGUUGUCAUAGCUGAUAUCAACAAAAAGACAGCUGAUGAAGUAGCAACAAAAAUCAUCAGCGGAGAUCAAACGAAAGCAGAAAAUGUCAUGUCUAUUGAACUUGAUGUUACCGAUGAACAAUCGAUCACAAAUGCAAUAAAAACUGUCGUAGACAAAUGGAAUACAGUCGAUGUACUUGUCAAUAAUGCAGCGAUUUUCACGUUAUGUGCAGUCGAAGAUGCAUCUGCAGAUGCUUGGACAAAAAUCUUAAACGUCAACGUUCGUGGCUACGCUUUGAUGGCUAAAGCUGUGGUACCAUACAUGAAAAAGCAACGAUCAGGCUCAAUCAUUCAACUUGCUAGUAUUAGCAGCUGGAUUGCCCAACCGAACUUCGUACCUUAUAGCACAACCAAAGGUGCUGUUUUACAAAUGACACGUAAUUUAGCAUUGGAUUUAGGUCCGUUCAAUAUCCGUUGUAAUGCCAUAUGCCCUGGAACGAUAUUAACAUCUGCCACAACGGGUCAUGCUGCUAAUUUGAAUUUGUCCAUGGAUGAGUUCACUGCAGAAGAAGUUAAGAAGCAAUGUUUGAAACGCCUAGGUUCACCUCAAGAAAUCGCCAAUAUCAUUGUCUUUCUUGCUUCUGAUUUAUGUCAUUUUGCCACAGGUGCCAGUUUUCUCGUUGAUGGAGGUUAUACCACAAUUUAA